AUGCAAUGAAUAAUUGCAUAACAAAAAUAUAUUUAAAGUAAUGAUAGUAUUAUUAUUAUUAUUAGUAUAUAUAUGUGAUAACUACUAGUCCAUCAACUUGUCAUCAAUUGUCACAUAAUAAUCUUGAAUUGUCGGACACCAACAUCAAGACCAACAUGGCUUACAAAGUCAAUACAGAGGGUGUCUACGAGUGGACAAUAUUGGAUCAAUUGGUGGAUGUCGGCAAAUAUGCGGUACUAUUGUUGAACCAUUCAUUGGAUCACUUGAACGGACACAAGAGUCCAUUGUUUGACAAGAUAUGGAACAAUGCUGCGCUUCGGGUGGCAGUCGAUGGCGGCUCGAAAUACUUGUCGACAAUUAACAGUCGCCACCGAUUGCCGGACAUUGUUAGCGGUGAUUUCGAUUCGAUUUCAACCGAUCGGUUGGACUAUUUUCGUACGAAAGGUGUCCAAGUGAUUGAAACACCCGAUCAAAACUAUACCGAUUUUACAAAAGCUGUUAAUUUGGUAAUUGAGUCAAACAAGUCGGCGGCGGCAGCGAUACUCACUGAUAAUAAUAGUAACAAUGAGGAUAUCAGAGAUGGCCAACAACAACGUCUACGGCCAGCAGCACAUUGUACAGCAAUUGUAGCCGUUUGGUCAUCGCUUGGACGUAUCGAUCAAGUGAUGUCUAAUAUAAAUACAUUAUACAGUAAUGAAGCGGACAAUGGCUAUCAAAGUGCUGACUCGGGCCGUCAUUAUAUACCCAUAUAUCUGGUUCAAUGCCAUCACUCUAUCACAUGGUUAUUGCAUAAGGGUACUCAUGUGAUUGAUUCGUGCAAAAAGUCAAAAUGGUGUUCACUGGUACCGGUGGGCGCCCCCACCACAGUCACUACACAAGGAUUUCGCUGGAAUCUAACUAAUGAUACCAUGUCUUUCGGUUCGCUAAUCAGUACGUCCAACGAGUUUGACGAAAACGAUAGGACAGUACGGGUAGAGACUGAUCGGCCGUUGCUAUUCUCGAUGGAUGUUUCAAUAGAACAUCACUUAUGAAUUAACCGAUAAUUAAAAUUAAAACAUUUAAUUACCGGUAAUUAUAGUCAUUGUUAACUUAAAAUUAAGAGCUAAAAAAACUUAUUUAAAAAACAUAAUUAUUUUAGUCAAGUAUUACCUUAAACAGUAUUAUUGGUACUAUUGGUUUAGUACAGUACUACUACUACUACUACUACUACUACUACUACUACUGCCCGAUACUACCAGUAUUUAAAGUACCGGUAGUUGUAAUGUUUGAA